GCGGAACAGGCGGAGGGGGAACCGCGGGACGGGGUUGGAGCUUGGGCGGCAACCGAGGCGGCGCUGGAGGGGCGAGCAGGCGGCGAGAAACCUCGGGCGGGGCGGCGGCCCCCAGCGCUGCGUGGGCGGAUCGUCCCCUGGCCUCCCCUGUAUGUGAGAGACGGGGCCGGCGCCUCGAGUGGAGCCGGACCGUGGGAGGGUUGAGCCGGGAGCCGCCGCGGGAGGAAAGGAGGCUGCGGGGAGUGCUUCCUUCCUACUGCCCGCACUGCCUGGUGCGGCAGCCCCAGCAUGGAAGCCAUCGCCAAAUACGACUUCAAAGCUACGGCAGAUGACGAGCUAAGCUUCAAACGGGGGGAUAUACUUAAGGUUUUGAACGAAGAAUGUGAUCAGAAUUGGUACAAGGCAGAACUCAAUGGAAAAGAUGGCUUCAUUCCCAAGAACUAUAUAGAAAUGAAGCCACAUCCGUGGUUUUUUGGAAAAAUUCCCCGGGCAAAGGCUGAAGAGAUGCUAGGCAAACAGAGACAUGAUGGUGCCUUCCUUAUCAGGGAGAGUGAGAGUGCUCCUGGGGACUUCUCUCUCUCGGUCAAGUUUGGAAAUGAUGUGCAGCACUUCAAGGUGCUUAGAGAUGGGGCUGGCAAGUAUUUCCUCUGGGUGGUGAAGUUCAAUUCUUUGAAUGAGCUGGUAGAUUAUCACAGAUCCACGUCUGUCUCCAGGAACCAGCAAAUAUUUCUACGGGAUAUUGAACAGGUGCCACAGCAACCAACGUACGUUCAAGCUCUGUUUGAUUUUGAUCCCCAGGAGGAAGGAGAGUUGGGUUUCCGCCGCGGAGACUUUAUCCAAGUCCUUGACAAUUCUGACCCCAACUGGUGGAAGGGAGCCUGCCACGGACAGACGGGCAUGUUUCCACGCAACUAUGUGACCCCAGUGAACCGGAACAUCUAGAGAUAAAUAUUACAGAUUAUUUAAAGAAACAAGAGAAACAGUAAUUACAUACAGAGCCUAACUGCAGCCAGUGACCUAAAAUCACACGGCGAUAAAACCUGAGUCAUCUUUCACCGUGAGGUGAUCCUCCUUCACAGUGUGGAACUUCAGGGGCUGAAGGGGUUGGGGGGGAGGGAAGAGUUCAACUUACACACCAAAACUUAUCAAAAAAGAGAAGAAAAAAAAAACAACAAAUAAUGAAUUUUCAGCUGCUCCUGGGUUACUCCCUUUCAUUUACUUAAUGUUUCCCCUUGUCCUCUGUCCAGGCAUGAAGUUUUAAUGCCAUUUAAAAUUGUAGCCAUGCAGUUAAAGGAAAAGGGAGAAACUCUGCUGGUAUUUUCUCUCUGCAAAUGGUUUAUUUGUCAUGAAGGGACAUGAGAGGAAAACCAAAUACACAGUCCUGCCUUUAAAAAAAAAAAAAUAAUAAUUUAAAAAGUCUCUGCUCUUGCCUUCAGCAUUCAGCUGCUCUUGCCUGAGAAAGAUGAGGUAUUGCUCUAAUUUUUGUCUCUUCUCCUUUGUCACUUUCUUCUGAAGCUCAGCAGCUUCCAGGCUGAGGAAGGGAGAAGAGUUGUGGAUUUCUUUUUUUGAGUCACAGAGUUACUUUCAGAAACUCCAAACUACAACCGAAGUUUGUUAUUGCUGUGCUGAUAGUCUUUUUGUUUCUUUUCUUAACUGUGUACGGUUGAGCACAUUCUGUAAUUUUUUCCAUAGUGCCUUUCCCUUGGUUGUUUUUUUUUUAUUAUUAUUUUUUAAGUUAAAAGGACAGUCCAGAGCUUUUCAGAGGGCCUUUUUUUCCUGCCUAUGUGUAAAUAAAUACUUCUGGAUGGAAGAUGUAAAGGAAGGGUGGCUUUGUCAAUGGAUACCUGAAAAAAAUCUACAGAUGGAGCUUUGUUCUAAAGAUUUAACUUGUUCUUUGACUUUCCUUUUUACAGGGG